AUGGCUUCUUCAUCAUCAUCCGAACAACUACCCUCCAUCGACACCGAUGUCCUCAUCGUCGGCGCCGGCCCAGUCGGCCUCAACCUGGCCUACCAGCUGCGACGGUAUUCAUCACCGCCAAUCUCCACGGGAAGCCCGAUCUCCAUUCACAUCAUCGAAAAACACCCCAAGCCGGUGCAAGAACACUUCGGCCGCGCGGUGACAUUCUGGCCGCGCUCAAUGGAGAUCCUGGCGCAAAUGGGCCUCGCAGACCAAAUCACCCAGCAAUGUGUCGCUGUGCGAUCGUCCGCGGCCUACGACGCCAGCGGCAAAGAAGUGUUUGGCCGAGGCUGGAGUUUCCUCGAAGGCAUCGAGGACACGCGGUUCCGCUUCGCCAGCGUGUUGCGGCAGAAGUUCGUGGAAGACAUUGUGCGCUUGGAGCUGCAGAAGCUAGGCGUCCAAGUCAGCGAGAUGCGCAAGUUCGUCGGGUUGGAAAUCGACGAGUCCAUCGCUCCGGGCGAGAUGGGCCGAGUCAAAGCGACCAUUCUUGACACCACAUCUACUGGUGAGGGCGGAGAACAAGAAGAGCGGAAAUAUGUGGUCAACUGCCGCUACUUGAUCGGCUGUGAUGGAUCAAGGACGCUGGUGCGUGGCGCCGCGGGGAUCGAGUCGGACGGAGACCGGACGGAGGACAAAUGGGUGCGCAUCGACGGGGUGUUAAAGAGCACCAAUAUGCCGAAACCGCGGUCGUACGGGGCGAUCGAAAGUCCCAUCUAUGGCAAUGUGCUGUGGAUCCCGCUGGACCAUGGCGCCACGCGCAUCGGGUUCGCGUUGAGCGAGGACCGGCGCAAACUGUACAAGGAGCUCAACCAGGAAGUCUUCAUCCAAGAGGCCAAACUGUCCGUCAAGCCCUUCGACAUCGAGUAUGAGCGCGUGGACUGGGCGAGUGUGUAUAGUGUCGGCCAGCGCGUGGCCCGGAGUUUCUGGGCGAAAGAGUCGGUCUUUCUUGCGGGCGAUGCCGCGCACAGUCACAGCUCGGGCGCUGGUCAGGGGAUGAACGCCGGCAUGCACGAUGCGGUCAACUUGGGCUGGAAGUUGGCGCUUGUUUUGACGGGUGUUCUGAAACGCGACGUUCUGGCGACCUACGAUCUCGAGAGACAACCGAAUGCGAAGAAACUGAUCAAAUAUGACGAGGAUAUCAGCGUCCUGGUCACGGGAAGACUGCCCAAGGGCUGGAAGGGAGAUCCGAAAGAGGACCCUAAUGUCGUUUUGGGCAGGAUCUUGCAGGAAGCGAAAGGGUUCAAUACCGGGUUGACCAUCGGCUUCGCACCGAACGUUGCCGUCUUACGAGACGAUCAGGAUCUGGACGAAGCGGCGUUGGCGAAGCGCACCAUCCUCCCAGCACCGGCGAUCCCAGGAUUCCGCGCACCGGAUGUCCAAGUGCUGACGCCUGCCUUGUGGGAGCCUGUGUGGCUACAGCAUCUGAUGCCCAAUCUGGCGAGAUUCUAUGUCCUGACUUUCGUGGGCAAGUCGCCAGAAUCCAAGGUCCAGUUUGUCAAUAUGAAAGCCGGCAUUCAAAAGAAUCCACACUUGAAGCCGGACAAGACCCCGGGCACUUCUCAGCCCGAAGAACCCAACGGCGUCCAUGUCAAUGGUUCGGCUGGGCAGCGAGCGUGGCCUGUUGAGUUCCUCACCAUCUUACCCGACAAGGUUGGAAACGCGUGGUUCGAGCUGGGCACCGAUCCAUUAGGCAGAGUAUACUACGACAACGAGGGAGUCGCCAACCAGCGAUACGGCGUGGAAAAGGACGCAGGGGCAGUCUUUGUUCUUCGGCCAGAUGGUUGGAUUGGUGCCAGAUUUCCCCUGGAGUCCAAAGGCCUUGUCGAUGCCAUAGACGCAUAUUUGGGCGGGUUGCUCCAUGGGUAG